AUGGCUCAAGUUGACAACGAAGUCAAGGGCAAGCUCGUCCUCGUCACAGGCGCUUCCGGAGGCAUCGGCGCCGCCGUCGCCCGUCGCCUCUGGUCUCUCGGCGCCCACCUCGUCCUCACCUAUUCUUCUUCCCUAGAGAAGAUCCAGGCCCUGGAGGAACAGCUUUACGAAGCCUUCGCCAAUGGUCAAACCGCUCAUGAUCCAGCCCUUUCUCUCAACCGCACCACCGCCAACCCCAAUCCUUUGCCCCUUUCCACCCACAAAUGCGACAUGUCCUCGCCAACAGACAUCCAACACCUCUUUGCCCAGCUCCAGGACCUGCACGGCCAGUCCGGCCCCGACAUCCUCAUCAGCAACGCCGGCUACGGCAAACGCAUCCCCAGCAUCCUGGACAUCUCCCUCGAUGAAUUUGACAAGAUGCUCAACAUCAACCUCCGGUCAUCCUUCCUCCUCUGCAAACUGGCCAUUCCGCAUAUGAUCCAGCGCAACUGGGGCCGCAUCAUCUUCGUCUCUUCCAUCUCUGCUCAGGGCGGUGGCAUUAACGGGUGUCACUACGCUGCUUCCAAGGCGGGGUUGACGGGGUUGAUGAAGAACCUGGCCAGGAAGCACGCAGGACAGGGCAUCACGGUUAAUGAUGUCGCGCCGGCCAUGAUUGGGGACACGGGCAUGAUUCCCGAUGCGAAAUUUGUGGAGGGGACGCCGGGAGAUGUGAGGAAUAUUCCGGUGGGAAGGCUCGGAACGACGGAGGAGGUGGGGAAUGUGGUGGAGAUGUUGGUGAAGACAGGGUACAUGACGGGGCAGAGUAUCUUGUUGAGUGGGGGUCUGAUGUAA